AUGGUGGAAACGGCCCUCGAGGACCCGUCCUCCAAGCUCGCCGAGCUCCUCAAACACCCCGAUGAUCUCGACAAACUCGCCUCCCUCAAGUCGGAAUUCACGCGCAAAAAGACCGCCAUCGAUGCGCAGCUCAAACUCGGCCUGCAAGAGCAGUUGUCUAUCACGCAGGCCGGCAUGUCCAGCAUCAAUGACAGCCAGAGGAUCGUGCAACAGAUCAAAGAGGAAAUGCUGCGGAUCGACAAGCUCUGCUCCGAGUCGCAGAACAUGAUUCGCGACUUUCCCGAAAUCAAUCGCAUGAGCGUCAUGCAGCGCAACUUUGCGGCGGUGGACAGUAUGAAGACGGCAGUGGACACUUUCGAGCAGCGCUUAGAAGAGGUUGUGGGAUUGUUGAGAGAAGACGAGGACAACCUGGAGGAGCAACCGAACCUACUGGCGAUUCACGAGGGCUUGACAGCGCUGAGGGAUGUGCGGGAUCAAGCGAUGGAGCAGGUCAAGGGAAGCGUGGAGGGAGAGAGUGGCUUGGAGAUGAUUGAGAACUUGCCGUUGGAGUCCGGGAGUACACUACGGGAGUAUUUCACCAAACUCGACGAGGUCAUUGACUGGUUCGACGAGCGCGUGGGCCAGGCUUGCAUCAACCUGAUCAAUUUCGUGCAGGCGGGCAAUCAUGGUCUGGUAGUGCGAUUGGCGUUGGUGAUUGAGGAUGAAGAGAAGAAGGAUAAGCAGGUCAAGGCGUUACAGGAUGCGCAGCGCGAGUUUGGCGACAUUGUUUCGCGGUUCCAAGGUCUGACCAUCGGACAGCGAGAAGUGCGUGGGUACAAAGACAAAUUCCUGCAAGCCAUCGAGGCCAGUGCCGGUGCGCAGUUCGAAGAGGUCACCCAGGCCUUCCUGAACGAUCCCGAUCGACUCGACAAGGCUUGUCGCUGGUUUUUCAACGACCUCAACACCGUCAAACUCGGCUUGCAGGAUCUCGUGCCGAAGAAAUGGAAGAUCUUCAAGACCUACACCAACAUCUACCACAAGCUCAUGCACGACUUUUUGAUUCAGAGGCUGGAUGAUCCAGGCGUCACACCGGUUCAUAUGCUGGCCAUUCUGAAUUGGGUGGGCAAGUACUACGGAAAGAUGUCUCGACUCGGUGUGCAGGAGUCAGAACUCAACCCUCACGUCAUCGAUGACCGGGAAAGCGACUUGGUGCGAGAGUAUCGCAAUCUCAUCACCAAGUCAGUCGAGGAAUGGAUGGAGCGCAUGGCAAAUGCAGACCGCAAAUCCUUCAAAGACCGGGCAGAGGGAUCACUGGACCAGGAUGCAGACGGUCGGCUACACACAAAGACACUGGGCGACAUGUGGACGAUGCUUAGGGAGCAGUUGGCGGUUGCAGAGUCCUCCGGCCGGCCCGAUGUCGUAGAAGGCGUGGUAGAUGCGAUGAUGCGCGCGCUCAAGAACCGGCAGCAAAUGUGGGAGCGCAUGAUUGACGAUGAGGCGCGGCGGAUUGAGAAUGUCGCCGAUCCUGCCCAGCUGGAAGGCGUGAGUAGUCUGCAAGAAUGGCUUGCAGCCAUUGCCAACGAUCAAAUCACGAAUAUCGACGACAACCCGGAGUCCGGCACGACGUCCUUCCUCGCACGCUUCAAAGCAGACUGGGAGCCGCUGGUCACCCCGGCCUACACCUCCACCUGUCAAAUGGAGCUCGACAGUCUCACCAACGGCUACGUCGACCUGGCUACGCACUGCAUGCACAUCUUCGCCGCCGUCAUGUUCUCCACCGACUUCCGGGAGGCGAUGAAGGACUUUUUCACGCCGAGCUGGUACCGCAACAAGACCAUGACGCAAAUCACGACGACGUUUGACGACUAUCUCAGCGGCGAAAACAACUACACCGAAGUCUUGCACCCGUCUCUGCGCGAUAUUCUCGUGGAGGAACUCUCCGACGCCCUGCUCAUCCGCUACCUGAGUGCCGUGCGCAACAAGAAUGUCAAGUUCCGCCGCUCCGACCCGUUCACGGACAAGAUCAAAGAAGAGCUGCAGACCGUUUUCUCCUACUUCUCCCGCUUUCCGGAUACGCUGGAGCUGGUGAAGGAGAAGUGGAGGGUGGUGCUGAGUUUUGAGAGCUUGCUGUCGGCGGACAAGGGCCAGGGCGUGGUGGAGGCGUUUGAGAACAUGAAGGCGCAGUACUGGGAUGUGCAGAUUGGGUGGGUGGAGCAGGUGUUGAGGUGUAGGGAUGACUUUGAUCGCAGUUUUGCGGCGCAGGUCAAGAGCUCGGCGGCGCGGAUGGGAGUGGAGAGGGGCCCAGAUACGGUGAUGGGGAAGGUGAAGUGA